AUGGCGGGCUACGGCGACGACGGCGUGGACCUCACCGAGCUGACACUGGGGCCACCCGGCGUCAAUGCGCGCAAGGCGAGACGAGCCAGGAAGAACGGCCAGCACCAGCAGCCGUCGUCGUCAUCCGCCAUGAUGCAAGCGUUCGUGAAGGUUAGCAUGGACGGGACGCCGUACCUGAGGAAGGUGGACGUGGCGGCGUACGACGACUACGGCGAGCUCGUGGAGGCGCUCAAUGAGCUGUUCUGCUGCUGCUCAAUCGGGCUGAUGGACGGGUACGGCGACUGGGAGCACGCUGUGGUGUACGAGGACGGCGACGGCGACUGGAUGCUCGUCGGCGACGUGCCGUGGGAGAUGUUCGUGUCCUCGUGCAAGAGGAUGAGGGUGAUGCGAUCGUGCGAGGCGAGAGGGUUGAGCUCCAACGCCUGA